GUCAAUAUGUGGUCAAUAUUAUUUAGAGCAGUUGUGUCAAUUGUUAUUGAUAAAUUCUGAUAGUAAGUUUUGGGAAAAAUGGAAUUUUUCGGCCUAACAUACUAUGGAUUCAGCGAUCCUAUUAAAGACAUGAUAAGGGAUAACUACACAGAGCCAAAGUCACCCCCAAAAAAUAUUCUGGAGGUGGAAAACAAAAAGGGCCAAGACUUCUUCGGAAGAAUAAAUGAGUUGGAUUGCUAUAUUGGAUAUGCUGAUGGAUAUGCUUACAGGUCCUUUGAAAGACUUCAGAAAAUGAAGCAGAAAUACGUGGUAAAACCGAUUGGUCCAUGCGACAUGUACAAAUAUCCUGGUGUGUGCUCCAUGCAAUAUGGCUGGUGGAAUAGUGAUCCUACGCUUAAAGAAGACAAGUGGUAUUUGCCCAGAGAAAAGCAUCCAAUGACCACUUCAGAGAUUAGCAGAUAUAUUAACCAUUGCCUCUCUGUAGAUAAGGGGUUCAAGUUUUGAAAGAAACAGAACCGGAAUAAUGACAAACCUAUUUUGUUUAAUAAAAUCAGAUUCAAACUCAA